AAAAAAUUAGGAAGAUAAUUAUAUAACGUUUUAUGGGAAAUAUAUUAUGAAAAAAUAUCAGUUACUACGAAAAAACUAGGCAUCCACAUAUAAAAAUACCAACGUAUUAUCUUCAGUGUAUAAAUCCAAUAUACAGAAUGUGCCUGAGGUUAUAGAUGUUCUCUGUGUCUCCGCGAAGAAGCACUAUGAGAAAUGAAAGAGGAGGGGUGAUUAGGGUGGGGGUGGCAGAGGGAGAAGUGAUUUUCCAACGGUCGUCAGCAUAGUAGUGCAUGCGCGGCGCGUCGCGACGCGGCGCCUCGCGGAGAAAAAGUAAGAAGUAGUAAUUUCCUCUCUUCGGUUUCUUCCCGUCCGUUUCUCCUCGUAGACGUCGGAUCUGUGCUACAUUCUUACACGUUCCCUCGUUCUUGUUCGUUCAAAGCGUGGAACAUUCUUUUGUUUCCUCUUUUUCUGUCAAACUUUAUGUUCCUUUUGAUGUCUUCUUUUUUUUUAUCUUACAAUGUACAUAUACGCAUCUAUUUUUCUCCACUUCUCUCACGUCCGUUUCUUAUGUGUUAGAGUGUGUUAAAGAUUUUUAACGGUGUCGGUUAAAUUAUUCGAUCACGUUUUCUCGCUUUUCGAACCAGAGAAAAAAGCUCACCGGGAGCUGCGCGUGUAUUUUUGUGCGUCGUACAGGGUCUCGUGUUGGGUCACGCCGCGCAAGAGCUAAGAGAGGCUGCUGUUUCUUCUCGCUUUAUUCAAAGAUUUUUCAUAUCUUUUUUUUUCAAUUUUUUUUUUUUAAGUUCAGUUUUUCGUUAAUACAUGUGAAACAGAUAUUCGAAUAUCGUCUUUUUUUUUUCUUGGUUUCUUUUGGCAGUCUCUCGUCGUCCUCGGCGUGCAGCAGUGGCGACAAGCGGCAGCACCCAGUAACACACUGCGACAAGCGGGCGUCCGUGACACGAUCCAGGAGAAUCGAGCGAUCCGUUUGUUCGUGGUUGCAAGUAUACGAGUGCUCCGAAACGCGCGAAUAAAUGUGUCGGUCACGGUACAAGACGUGAAGCGGGGGAAUAUACGGCAAGUGAGUAUAUUUUUAGUAGCAAGCGCCAAGCGCUAAGGCAGAGUGGUAUAAACGGCGCGCAGUGGCCUGAUGAAGCGGCGUAUGUGACAUCAAAUUUCUCUCUCUUGCCACCUUGACGAGACACCGAGACAUCUUGCAGACUAUCAGCGCGCUUUCAUUUCUUUGUUGUAGCUAUUGGUCCUCCAAUUUCCUGGAGACCAGUGGUGUCAGUGACACCAAAAAAUAAUACGAGUUGCUAGCGUGAAGAAGUAUAGUAAAGUUGGCUUAAGCCAACGUCGGUGGAAAAAACAAAAUGGCAACAAUAGAUGGCAGACCGACCCAAUAUGGUAUCAGUCUUAAGCAACUUCGUGAGCUCAUGGAGCUCCGAGGACGUGAAGGUGUCACUAAAGUCAAUAGCUAUGGUGGUGUGCAGGAGAUUUGUAAAAAAUUAUACACUUCACCUAGUGAAGGUCUCAGUGGAUCAGCAGCUGAUAUUCAACAUAGACGAGAUACAUUUGGUUCCAACCUAAUACCUCCAAAACCACCAAAAACAUUUCUACAAUUAGUGUGGGAAGCUCUUCAAGAUGUUACAUUAAUUAUCUUGGAAGUAGCAGCAUUGGUUUCAUUAGGUCUUAGCUUUUAUCACCCAGCAGAUGAUGAAGAAAAACCUUUAAUAGAUGAAGAUGAAGCAAAAUAUGGUUGGAUAGAAGGAGCUGCUAUAUUUAUUUCUGUGAUCUUGGUGGUAAUAGUAACAGCUUCCAAUGAUUACUCUAAGGAAAAACAAUUUAGGGGCCUCCAAAGUCGUAUAGAGGGGGAACAUAAAUUUUCUGUCAUUAGACAAGGAGAAGUCAAACAGAUUUCUGUAGCUGAUAUUGUUGUUGGUGAUAUAUGUCAGAUAAAAUAUGGAGACCUGCUACCAGCAGAUGGUAUCCUUAUACAAAGCAACGAUCUCAAAGUGGAUGAGUCCAGUUUAACCGGAGAGUCAGACCAUGUUAAAAAAGGAGAAUCGUUUGAUCCCAUGGUACUCUCAGGUACACAUGUGAUGGAGGGUUCUGGAAAAAUGUUAGUUACUGCAGUAGGUGUUAAUUCGCAGGCUGGUAUUAUCUUUACUUUGUUGGGUGCUGCUGUUGAUCAACAAGAACAAGAAAUCAAGAAAAUGAAGAAAGAGGCUAAGAAGCAGCGGAAGAAGAAGUCAUUAACAGAUGAAGAAAUAACUGGGAACAGCCAUGUGAGCGCAGCCAAGCCUGAACCUGCGGAGAACCACCAUGCAGUUAGCCACGCACCUGAAGGAAAAAAAGAGAAGAGUGUUUUACAAGCCAAGCUAACUAAACUCGCCAUACAAAUCGGUUACGCCGGCUCGACCAUAGCAGUGCUUACCGUUGUCAUUCUAGUCAUUCAGUUCUGCGUUACCACAUUUUACGUGGAGGGGAAAAGUUGGAAAAAUACAUACGCUGGUGAUUUGGUGCGGCAUUUGAUCAUUGGUGUAACGGUACUUGUAGUUGCCGUUCCCGAAGGUCUUCCUCUAGCUGUUACCCUCUCCCUUGCUUAUUCCGUUAAGAAAAUGAUGAAAGACAACAACUUGGUGCGUCAUUUGGAUGCUUGUGAAACGAUGGGUAACGCGACGGCAAUCUGUUCGGACAAGACUGGUACCCUGACAACCAACCGAAUGACCGUUGUUCAAUCGUACAUAUGCGAAAAGAUGAGUAAAAUAACCCCGCAGUUUUCGGAUAUCCCGUCGCAUGUCGGAAACUUAAUGGUUCAAGCUAUUUCUAUUAAUUCGGCGUACACAUCCAGAAUAAUGCCUGCGCAGGAACCUACAGAUUUGCCGCUUCAAGUCGGCAAUAAAACCGAAUGUGCCUUACUUGGAUUUGUAAUAGCCCUGGGCAUGAACUAUCAGACGAUACGAGACGAUCAACCUGAGGAAACUUUCACGCGGGUGUACACGUUCAAUAGCGUUAGGAAGAGCAUGUCCACCGCCAUCCCGAGGAAAGGUGGUGGAUACAGGCUCUUUACCAAGGGCGCUUCCGAGAUCAUCAUGAAGAAAUGUGCCUUUAUAUAUGGUCGUGAAGGUCAUUUGGAAAAAUUUACCAAAGAGAUGCAAGAGCGUCUGGUAAAGAACGUGAUCGAGCCGAUGGCGUGUGACGGUCUCCGUACUAUCUGCAUCGCGUAUCGCGAUUUCGUUCCUGGAAAGGCAGAAAUUAAUCAGGUUCAUAUCGACAACGAGCCGAAUUGGGAUGACGAGGAAAAUGUCGUGAACAAUCUCACGUGUUUGUGCAUUGUGGGUAUCGAGGAUCCGGUACGGCCUGAGGUGCCGGAAGCGAUCAGAAAGUGUCAAAAAGCAGGCAUCACUGUGCGAAUGGUGACUGGAGACAAUAUAAAUACUGCGCGUUCCAUUGCUUUGAAAUGUGGAAUUUUGAAACCAAACGAAGAUUUCCUGAUCCUCGAAGGCAAAGAGUUCAAUAGGAGGAUUCGCGAUAGCAAUGGCGAAGUACAACAACAUUUGUUGGACAAAGUGUGGCCGAGGUUAAGGGUGUUGGCUAGAUCGUCACCUACAGACAAGUAUACACUCGUAAAAGGCAUAAUCGAUAGCAAAGCGAGCGUGAGUCGCGAAGUUGUUGCUGUAACUGGUGAUGGAACGAACGACGGCCCCGCUUUGAAAAAGGCUGAUGUCGGUUUUGCCAUGGGUAUCGCUGGCACCGACGUCGCCAAGGAAGCUUCCGAUAUCAUCUUAACGGAUGAUAAUUUUUCGUCGAUCGUGAAGGCAGUUAUGUGGGGUAGAAACGUCUACGAUAGUAUAGCAAAGUUCUUGCAGUUUCAAUUGACCGUCAAUAUCGUCGCUGUUAUAGUUGCUUUUAUCGGGGCAUGUGCCGUGCAAGAUUCCCCUCUUAAAGCGGUGCAGAUGUUGUGGGUGAACUUAAUCAUGGACACAUUAGCAUCUCUUGCAUUGGCCACCGAAAUGCCUACGCCUGAUCUUCUUCUUCGUAAACCCUAUGGUCGCACGAAACCGCUCAUUUCCAGGACAAUGAUGAAGAAUAUUCUUGGCCAAGCUAUCUAUCAGUUGACUGUAAUUUUUAUGCUUCUUUUCGUUGGUGAUAAGAUGCUCGACAUCGAAACAGGCCGAGGAGUUGCGCAGGCUGGCGGCGGUCCAACGCAACACUUUACUAUUAUCUUUAAUACAUUCGUCAUGAUGACACUUUUCAACGAAUUUAACGCUAGAAAAAUCCAUGGUCAGCGUAAUGUCUUCCAAGGAAUAUUCACCAAUCCCAUCUUUUACACUAUCUGGAUCAUGACAUGUCUAUCGCAGGUAGUUAUCAUACAAUAUGGUAAAAUGGCGUUCAGCACGAAAGCUCUCACAUUAGAACAAUGGAUGUGGUGCCUAUUCUUCGGAGUCGGUACUCUAUUGUGGGGCCAAGUAAUUACAACUAUUCCUACGCGCAAGAUUCCUAAAAUCCUUUCAUGGGGCCGCGGCCAGCCGGAUGAUAUCAGUGCGAUCAAUCUAGGAGAUGAGAAAUUCGACCCUGACUCGGAUAAAAAGCCGCGCGCAGGACAAAUUCUAUGGAUCCGUGGUCUAACACGACUACAGACACAGCUUCGAGUAAUCAGAGCGUUCAAGUCGACUCUAGAAGAUUUGGAGGAGCGUCGCUCUGUCCAUAGUUUACACAGCUUACACAGUAUGCGCAGUUCACGCAGCCACACUGGGCCCCGACCACUUUCUGACUUCACAUACAUUGACGAAGACCCGACAAACAGUGCGCUGAACGCCAGCAAGGGCAAUUUGCCGAACAAGACCGCCGAGGAUCAUACGACCGCCAGGAUGAACAGCUCUACGUCACCAUUGUUGCUCAGCGUUACGGGAUCAGGCAUCGCGUACAACCAUCAUAAUACCACCAUAAACACCAUCAAUGACAAUAGAUCCUCGUCCAAUAGUGCCCUAAACCAGGCCCAACAACCCAACCAUACGCAGAUGCAGAAUAGCAACAACAGAGACAGCAACACAGGAAACUCCCUGCUUCUCAGCUCCAAUAAUUUGGCCAUCCCGGAAUUGACGAAGCUCGUGCAUGAAACCAGCAUUUAAAAGGCAGCUUUGCGUGUCACCACUGUACACCAUUAAACUUCCCAUUUUUUCAUUAUUAUAUCCCUCUCAUUUUUCUUCCUCUUAUUCUAUAUUGUCUGAAUCAUUUUUGUUUUGUACUUUUUUUUAUGGUUACACCUUCUCUUUAUCUCUUUAUCUUUUUAUUUUUUUAUCAUUACGUCUCUUGUCAUCACUACUAUAUUUUCAUUUUCAAUCAGAACACUAUCUUCAGUUGUGUACCAUUUGCUAUUUCUUGUUCGAGCUCCUUUGCGCGACAAAUAUUAUGGAUUUUCUUGUCUUAACAACUUACUUAUAAUGAUUAUUUUAAAUGAUACUCAUUGAUGUAUGACAAAGCAGACUUUUUUUAGUGACUUUGCAAUGCUGAAAAAUACUUGACUUUGGAUGUUCAUUUCGGCUAUUGUUACGUAUUUCUUUUCCGUAUAUUUUUUACUUCUUAAAAAUCUACUAUAUUGUUACUUUUAUAAAUAUUUAUCUGUCUCUUCUCGGUUUCUACAUUGAAUUCUACGGUAUUAUCUCUUGUAUUUUUUGGCUACAAGUUCUUUAGGACACUGUUAUUUGACUUGUGAAGAAUUUUUUAUUCUUUGCAUUUUAACAUUGUCUUUUUUCUUGUAUUGAGAGUAUUUUAAGUAUUAUGAGAGUGUAAAUUUUUAUUAUCAAGAUUUUACAAUUUUUUAAGGCUACAUCUCAUAUUUAAUUACCAUUUUUAUUUUAGCUUUUCAAACUGGUUUUUACUUCAAAUUAUUGAUUUUAUUCUUGUUAUUUUUUCAAGUAAGGAAUUUUUUAUUCUGUGACAUAAUUCAUUUUUCUUCUUUUUUGUUUUCUUCUUUCUUCUUUCAUGGAGCUUAAAUGAAAUGCUCUACUUAUUGAAGGAACACGUUAUUUGCAACGCUCAGGCAUCGCUUCUUUGCAAUUUUAGGAGAAAGAGAGAGCUACAAGUACUUAAGAUUCAUUUUAAAACAGAGAUCUGUUUAGGCUGUCCGUUCGAGCUUCUUCACGUGAUAACUCAGUUCAUCAGUCUCUUUUAUGUUCUCUUUUAUGAUACCGAGCACAGAAUACAAAUAUAUAUUUUAGGUUCACUUCAAUAUUACUUAAAAAAAAAGUUCAGAAUUUUUCAGAUUAUUUAAAAUUUUUCUAUCCAAUUAAAAUUAUUUUUUUUUCAAUUUCGUUGCAAGAUAUUUUAAUGUUAAAAUUUAAGUAUUAUUUAUAAGUGAGAGAAAGGAACUUAGAACUUAGAAUUCAAGCAUUUAGAAUUCUCUGUUGAAUCAACUAUAUUUUUCACUUUUGUUCAUCUUUUCUUAUUUAAUUUAUAUCAUUUUAUAUAUGAAACCAAAUAUGUUUUGGAAAUAUUUUAAGUUCAAAAAAUAAUAUUUGAUAUAAUCCAUUAAAAAAUGUUAGGCUGAUUAUUUAUUAUCUGCGUGCACGACGAUCUGGCUUACAUGCUUGCUUGCUUGAUAUGUUUCUUCACACACUAUUUGUUCAUUAAAUUUACAUAUCCUAUUUGCCUGCUUAUUUGCCAUAGAACUUAAUCUAAACAGAGCAGUUUUCUUUCGAUCUAUUUUUAUCAAUAGAAAUAAUUCCAUUUGGUUUUCAAAAGAAAACUACUUUUAUUAUUUUUUAUGAAUGAAAAUAUGUCAUGAUGAGUUAAAAGAUGCAUUGGUCUCUUUUAGAAUUUUCCUAAAAUUUAUUGUUUUAAUAGAAAAUGUACUUAUGUUCGAUUUUCUCUUUGAAAACCUAUAUAUAUAUAUAUACUAUCAAAAACCAUUAUUCAUUAUAAAAAUGAAGGCUUCUAUGAUUUAAGAAAAGUUGAAUGCACUUUAUUAUCUUUCAAAGAUAUAUUAGGAAUCAUAACAAAUCGUUAUGACUUAACAUAAUUCACUUGUAAUUGUCUUUAAUUAAUUUUUAUUAUCUAGUGUUCAUUUUGGAAUAUCGUACAGGGUGUUUAUAAAGUCUAUAUAAUCUAAGUUUUUUUGUAGCA